AUGGCGUCGAUCCGCCCGCGGUUAGAUUCUCGGAAUAGGUCGGGAGACGAAGCAAGGACAAAGCGAAGGGGAGAAGUAACGGAGACAUUAACCCAAAAUUCAUCAUCCAUUUUGGGUCGGACCAUCCACAAGAGAGCUGAGCACACUCAGGCUGGACCUUCCCCUGGCCCACAGGUUAUGGCACAACAGAGUCGGAGUCCCCAAAAUGCUUCUACACGAAAGCCUUGCGGUUCUAAGUCGAAGCCACCCUUGACUCACGAGACACUCUCUUGGUCGAAGAAUUCCACGCAGCAAGCAUCAAAUAUCCCAGCAUUGAGCACUCGUGGGCGUAGUGGUCUGGUGGAGUCUCCCCGGGUUGCAUUGCGUAGAAAGCAACCAAGCUUAUCACGGGAACAGCCGGGCGUCCAAACUCAGCCUCGUUCAAGUUCAAGAAGAACCGAUUCAUCGUCUUCGAUACCAAUAUCACAAGCAUUCCUUGACCCUAGCAUGUCCUAUUUGGAUCGGAACAUCACUACUAGCCCCGUUGAGAUUCGCACUGCGCAAAAGCUGGAUUCCCCUCAGAAAGCCACCCAGCCCUUGGGGAUAUAUCCGGAGUUGGAUCGUUAUCGGAAUGUCGAGCUCCCGGUGAGAGGCGGACCGGCUAUAGAAGUUCCAUUCAAGCUUUCGACCGAGAACCUCCCUCCUCCAACACCACUCUUCUCGGGUGGAAGCAGCCACAGCCAACUAAGUACAUUUAGUGUGAGCCCUUCUACAAGAUUUUCCGAAUCACCUGGACCUGGACCUUACAGCCGAGAUACGACCCCAACCUCGAUAUCAUCGCAGUCGCCUGGGCUCUUUGUACCGCACCGUCUUCCUAUUUUCAAGGCAAGGCAAGCAAGCCCAGCUGAGACUCGCCCCCCCGUAACUCGGAGAAGGGCCGGUAGCAUACCAAAUGAAUGUGAUACUUUUGGCACAGAUCCUAAUGGCCUUGCAGCCGUUCGGGAGGCCUUGACCUCAUCGUCAUCGAGCUCUACAGUACGCCCCGAAGAGAAGGAGAAGAAGACACGCCGAGGACCAUUACCCACUGUACCGAACCCUCCUCCGAGAAAAUCAUCUCAAAAGUUCAAGAAAAGUGGAGGAGGAAGUGAGUCGUCAAUCAAAGCCCCUCACGCCACUACUAGACCAUCGAUAAGGUCUCCACCGCAGGCUGAAGUUGGUGAAUCAUCUCAUGAGAAAUCUCAGGAAGCUGCGAUAUCACCCAAGACUCGCCUCGUACCACCCUCGCGACCUAGCAGAGACGGGACACCUGACCUUUAUUCCCAAUUCGGCGGUCCAGUUCCUGUAAUACACAGCAAUAUAUCCUCAACCAGCCUUUCCGAUAAGCGUCAAAGCAGGCAGCUAGCACCCAGUUCCUUGCCAAGGUCAAUGACUCCUUCUGUUCAAGACCGCGUGGUCUCGUCUAAAGGGUCUGUACCUCGAGAGCCUACGCCAGCACCACGAUUAAUCACCACGAAAUCCACCCAGCAGACCCAGGAGAAAGGGAAGAGGGUGAGAACACCUAGCCCAGCUACUACAUUUAGAUCAAGGUUCCCGCUAUUUGGGAGGCGAACUAAGACAGCCCCUGAAAUACCACAAGUUGAAAAGAAAGAUAAGUCUACUAGAAAAGGCCCGGCUGCCGGAACUGGCCACGAAGGAUAUGGUAGGAUUGGCUCUGUUAGAAGGCGCAGCAGCAGCACUGCGAACCCCCCGCGUGGUCCACCAGGCCCAGUUCCUUCAUCUGACAGCCUCGCAAGUCUUCAGUCAACAGACCCCUUCUUCCUGGAACGCAUGAACCCUGUGAUAAUUGCCGGUGGUGAAAUUGUGGAAAACCGGAACACAAGCUUUGAACAAACCAGAACUGAAAGUCGUCAGAGUAUGAUUUCUGGUCGUCCGGGUCUUAACUCCCGCAACAACUCGUCCGUAUCCGAGUCCUCGAAGGAAGAAUUGCGACAAACGUUGUGGCCUUCACCACUCCCUCGGGACUCCAUCUUGUCUCGUCCUUCAGAUGGUAGUGACUCGGAGGCAGUUCCUAUAAAACCUACGAUUGCGUUGAGGAGGUCAAUUCAACGACUGCGAUCGCCGAAUAAUUCUCCUUUGAAUCUUCCAAAACCAAUUAUCACCAGAGGAAUGGCCUCUCCAUCGGUUGGAAGCAUAGAGACAACGAUCUUAACGGAUGACUCCUUAGCGGAACCUCAGCCAAGACUUAUCGAUGAACAGGUCGAGCCAAAACCUGGGCCUCGAAAGCUCACUAAGCGAGCUAAGUCUCCCCGUAAAUGGAACCUAUUUGGGAGAUCUCAAAGCCAGCCCCCUAAAGACCGUAGCAAGAAAGUCGAGGCAAGUGUGUCUGCAGCAGUAAAGCACAUCCCAACCAAGCCAGUCGCGUUUUAUACUAUGAUGGACUCUUCUGAGCAAGAUGAAACCGAGGAGCAAGAUGUUUGCGAGAUUUUGAGAGAAGCGGAGGUCCUAAUCCCAUUUAUGGAUACCAAAGAUCACGGUCGACGUCCGUCUGAAAGCAGCAUUAGAUCCUUGGAUCCGCCUCGUGCCAAUCAACAUCGGCCCCAAGAGUUCGUAUCAAGCUCGACCCGAGAUGAUCCUCUCCAGAUAACUCCACCAAAACCAGUGGUAUCGAAGCAGCAACAUGCUACUAGCGCCUCUAUUUCAAGCAAUCCUAUAGUACGCCCAAGCAGACUCCCUCAAGUUGGUAGGAUACCCAAGGUCAUCAAUACCCGCCCAGAACAGACGUCUCCGAAAAGCUUCUCCCGCCCUUUCCACCGAGUCAGUCUCCAAAUGCCGCCCCCUGACCUAAGUAAAAUUGAUCGAAACUCCGUUGCGAAGGGACCAAGUCCAACAAGGUCUUUCUCCCCUGAACGUGAUCAAAAGGAAUCACCAGUAGCAGCUGCUAGUUAUAAUAUCCCAAUCAAACCGGAACCGCCUUCUAAGGAUUCGCCCCUGAAGCUCGGGGAAUCUGGAAAGGAAUUUCUUUCGUUUUCACCUCCGAAGGGUUCCGAAAGCACAAGCUCGGGAUCCGGCAGUUCGGAACUGGUGCAUGUGUUCAGUCGUACUGCGCUGCCUCCCACCCCGAAUGCCCCGCUUACAGAGGACGAAAUCUGGGAUGAAUAUAACGACUUCUUAAGCGAAGCGCCACCAUCAGCAACCUCUUCUCGAGCCGGGCCGUUCCACCUAGAAAUAUAUGGCUCUAGGUUGGCGAAGGAACCAAUCAAGGCGCUCGAAUCACCUACCAUUGAUAAUCAUCGCGCCAAAUAUAUUCGUACUUCUAUUGAAACUAGACAAAGCGCCACAUCGUCAAGCCGCUUCAGCGCCGACAUGACAGCUAGGAUUAACGCUGCUUUCAGAUUUGACACCGAACCACCGACAGCAUCGUUCUCAGUUCCUGAAUUCGCAUCCGGAAGUAGCGACAAUCCUAACAAUAAGCAACUAGACAAGGCACCUAUUUCUCAACGAGACAGCUCAUCUUCAAACAAAAGCAGUAAGACUAAAAGAAGCUCAACUAGUAGUCGUACUAGCGAAGAUACACCUCUUUCCCAGGUCAAUCUCCGCGUAGGCUCAAUGACGGUGAGCAAAUGGCUUACAUUUGGCCAUGUGCUAUUCAGUCCGGUCCGCGAAGACCUCAUUAAUGACGCUGGCUCAUCUGGGCGCCAUUCAAUCCUUGUAAUUGAUGGUCUUGGAAAUGAUGACUGGUCUUUCUAUGCAGCAGAAACUUACCCUGACGCCACGUUCUUUAACUUGUCUCCUCGCGCACCUCUAUCACCAGAGCAAAAGUCAACGCCUACAUUUCCUCUCUCGCCACCUAAUCAUCACCAAGUCCAAUUCUUAUCCCACAUGGAUAAACUCCCUUUUGGGCCAGACAGCUUUACCGCCGUCGUGUUCCGGUUUCCAUCCGCGGCCCCUGAAUCUCACUAUCGCAAUAUAAUCUCGGAGGCACACCGUGUUCUCAAGCCAGGAGGAUAUAUCGAGUUAUCUAUCCUCGAUGUAGACUUGAAUAAUAUGGGUAACCGCACUCGACGCUCAGUACGACAUCUAAAAGAGCGAAUUAGCGCACGCAAUCCCGAGUACAACCUCAGCAGCACGGCAGAUCUCAUUCUCCGCCUUCUUGGUAAGAAAGGGUUUAUUGACGUAAAGACUUGUCGUGUUGGGGUGCCUGUGGCAAGUGCGAUUACAAGCUCCUCCAGAGUCAAGGGCAAGAAGGACGAGCGCAGCCUAGCAGAAAUGAUGAACGACAAGACCGAAAUGGGUGACGAGAAUAUCACAAAGAUGGUUUCAAAAGUCGGACGCUGGUGGUAUAACCGAUGCUAUGAGACCUCAACUGGAAUGACCACCAGUAUCUGGAAGGAUAAGGUUCUGCUGGCCGAAUGCGAGGAGUGGGGAACAAGCCUCAAGCUUAUGGUAUGCCACGCCAGGAUGCCGGAAGCAAGAGGAAGGGUUGCAAGUAUAUGA